AUGAGCGUACCACUUGUGAUAACAGCAGUUGAGAACGAGGAGAAGCAGCGCGCCAAGGAGGAGAGCCGCAACCUACCCGAGCACAUCGUAGCGGUCGAUGGCUCUGAGCACAGCGAAAGAGCGUUCGAGUGGGCGUGCGAUCAGCUGCCGAAGGACCACACGCUGGUGCUGGUCCACGGUGUGCACAAGCCCGAGUUUCGCGUAGAGGCCAUGCCGGACAGUGAAGGGAAGUGGAUGGAGAAGCAGCGCCGCAAGGCCUUCGAGGACUACGAGUUCAUGCAGAGCGCAAGGACCAUGCACCGCUACGCGCGCCUGUGCCGCCAACACGAACGCAAGUGUGAGUGGAUGACAGUUCCCUACCGUUCGGCAACUGAGUUGAGCGACAACAUCUGCAGCGCGGCCCAGAGGCGCGGCAUCUCCAACAUCGUCUGCGGCUCACGGGGACUCGGCACUCUCGAAAGGGCUCUUCUGGGCUCGACCAGCAGCGGUCUCGUGCACAACUGCCCGGCCAACGUGACCGUCGUCAGGGACUGA